GAAUACAUAAGUACAGCAAGAAGCGCACAGUCACCAUUGGUUACAAAAACCAGAAUUAAAAGAUUUUAACAGAGCCAAAAGGUACGCCAGAAAAACAGAAAAUCAGAGUCCCAAGUCCUGUCUCCACUAUGGUGCAGGGAAUAAUAGGAACUGCAGAUGCCGGAGAAUCCGAGAUCACGAGGAGUGGAGCUGGAUGAACACAGCAGGCCAAGUACCACCACAGGGGCAGAAAAGCUGACGUUUCGGGAGGGUCUAGGCCCGAAACGUCAGCUUUCCUGCUCGGCCUUCUGUCUUCAUCCAGCUCCACCCCUUGUGAUUUCGAAUCCACUAUGGUGCAGGUGCUACUCCAAUCUCUAGGAACCCAGGAGGCGGCCGUCGCAGCCAUGCGAAAAGCCCGUUUUCACUGCCGACUGUUACUGCCUUACCGGCCCGUUCUCACCGCCGAACUGGCCCACUCUUGAUCUGCCGCCAUCGUUCCGGCCGCUGCUCGAUCCACAGUCGUUACAAGACACGGCCCGCACUUUCAGCUUCUGCCACACGGUUUCCGGUCAUGACCGAACUCCUCAGAUUUUGAUCUACAAGAGAAUCACUGGUUAAAGAGGGUAGAAAAGUGGAGUUGUACCACAGUUAAAUCACCUGCUAUCUUACUAAAGUGACGAGGACCAGAGGGGCAGCCGGGAAGGAAAGCAGUGAGUAUAAAUACUCACCCUUCGACGCCAACGGCCAUUUGGAGUGCGAGCAGCAGCGGAGGUAAGACGAACCCGGAAGACUGCAGCUAAGGUAAGGCAAUUUUUAAAAAUUACCUACCGGUAGCGGGCAGUGGUGUUUUCUGUUUCACAGAAGGAGCGGGAGCAGCGGAGGAAGUGACGAGGACCAGAGGGGCAGCCGGGAAGGAAAGCACUGACCGUAUAUAUCAGCAAGGCGGCUAAACCCGAGACUCUACAACUGCAGUGUCUCCCACCCGCCCUCCUCCUCUAACCUAGUUAAUAAGAACUUGGUUAUGGCAACAGUAUUGGUAGCAGCAAGUAGACCCAGCACAGACUCGAGUGGCCCUAAUGUGGACUCAUAGCAGUGGUGGCAGAGAGAGCUUUGGUUUCUGGCAGCUUCUGCAUCGACAAGGCACUCCUAGCACCGACUCAUGGCUGCUGUGGUGGAGACAAGUUUGGGUUCCUGGCAACACCUGCGUCCAGAGGAGAUUCAUGAAGACAGUGCUGGUAAUGAACUUAGGUCCAGCACAAGACCCUGCGGCAUAAGCAGCUGCUGUAUCGGUGAAUUGGGACUGAAGUGUACUGACGGCAGCAGCAGAGUCGAGCUUGGCUGGUAUGGUACCUGGUGGCAUUUGCAUUGGCAAGGAUUCAUAGCAGUGAAUACAUCAGUGAAGGGUCACGAACUUGAAAAGGUGGUGGAAGCUGAAUCUUUGAAAAUUUUUAAGGCAGAAGUGGAUAUAUUCUUGAGCAGGCCUGAAGAUCCAAGGUCCCACUCCUGCUCCAAAUUUCCAUGUUUGUACGUAAGGACAUAUUUCAUUCAAUUACCCAGGUCAGGAAAGAUGACUAUAAUGACAGAGAUAAUAGGAACUGCAGAUGCUGGGGAAUCUGAGAUAACAAGGCUUUCACAUGUGCAGCUGAAGUUGGUGGAGAUGAUUAAUCACAAAUCCUCAGAUGAACACAGUUCUUCAUAGGUUGCACUGCAACAAAACUGCUACAGAUCACACUCCAAGUCAGAUAAUCUCAAGUCAGUGAGCCCAUUAGUCAGAUAGUUGAGUUAACAAGUAUCAGAGAUAAUGGGAACUGCAGAUGCUGGAGAUUCCAAGAUAAUAAAAUGUGAGGC